AAGCAUUGUGGGAAAGAGGUGAAUUCUUCGUGUUGACUCCUCCAGGCCACACAAAGCACUAGAGUGCCGAAUAAAUUCACCAAUUUUCAUUGAAUUAAUCACAAGAACUGGGUAAAAAAAUUAAUAAAAUAAAAGUUUUUGGUUUAAAAGUUUUUUUUUUUUAAAGAGGCGCGCCAUGCCGAAUUUCUGCGCGGCUCUGCACUGUUCCCGGAUGAGCUCACACUCCGUGUUGGCUUUCUUCAGGUUUCCGCGGGAUCCGGAGAGGUGUAAGAAGUGGGUGGAAAACUGCAGUCGGUCAGAUCUGAGAGAUAAAACACCAGAACACCUGAACAAAUACCACAGACUGUGUGCCAGACACUUCGAGCCUGAUCUGAUUUUAAAAACUAGCCCAUUCAGGACAGUUCUAAAGGACACAGCGAUCCCCACCAUCUUCGACCAUCCCACCCGCAAACGGACAAAUGAACAGGAAGAAGAUAACACGCCACAGCUGAAAGUGCAGAGAGUGGAAGAGAAUCAAGACAAGGAUGUGGAGAAGGCCCCAGAGAGCACUAACGGCCAGGAGGCUUCUGAUGAACCCCAAGUGGUGGACAAGGACUGGGAUCAGCGCGAGUAUCUGCGCUCCUUGUUCGACGUGGUGGUCAUGAUGGGACGGCAGAACAUCCCACUUCAGGGCCACUCUGACAAAGAGCCAAGGAGCAAAGCCUUCACUCCCAGCAACUUCCAGGCGCUGCUGGAAUUCCGCAUCAACGCCGGCGAUGAUGCGCUCCGGAGGAGGUUCGAGACAUCGCCUGCCAGUUUGGAGUUCUGCUCGUCCACACAGCUGCAGCAGAUCUUGGAGGUAUGCGAGAAGUGUGUUUGCAAGGAGCUGCUCUCCGAGGUGAAGGAGGCACGCUUUUUCUCUCUGGUCAUGGAAAACGUUGUGGAUAUCGCCGGGGAGAGCAGAAUUCCCACCUUCAUCCGCUUUGUGGAUCAGAACAACUGUCUGCGUGAGGAGUUUUUUGGAUUCCUGCUCUUCGAAGGGGAGGCAGAAAGCAUCGCCACAAACGUCUGUGCUGAAAUAUCAGAGAACGGGCUGAGCAUGGAGGACUGCAGGGGGCAGGCGUACUUCAGCACCGGCGUCCAUGCUGCCAAAAUGAAAGCCGUUGCCACCAAACUGAGCGAGCUCUAUCCAUUAGCCGUGCUCACGCCCAGCGCCGGCCAUGCCCUAAACAUCAGCCUGGCCAACAGCAUGCACUUGACGAGCGUGCACCUAGUCAUGUCCACCCUGAAGAAGAUCGAUGCGUUCUUCAGCAGGUCUCCUCUUCUGCUGGAUCAGCUGGAGAGCGCCAUUUCGAUUUAUUACCAGGGGAACGAGGAGAAGGGGAACGCCCUCAAGCAGGUGUGUCGCACUGACUGGACGCAGCAACAUGAUGUCUUCGAGGUGGCCAUCGACCUCCUGGAGUCUCUGCUCCUCUGCAUGGACAGCAUCCACGACAAUGAGGAGCUGAAGUGGAGCGACGAGAUCGCGCAUGAGGCCUUCGUGGUCUCAGAGGCACUGGCAGACUUUGAGUUUGUGAUGGCACUGGUGGUCUUGAAGAACACACUAUCGUUUUCCAGGGCAUUCGGGAAGAACCUACAGGGGCAAACCAGCGAGGUCUUCUUUGCUGCCAACAGCUUGCCGGCCGUUCUGCACUCGCUCAAUGAGGUCCUCGAGAACAUUGAGGUGUAUCACGAGUUCUGGUUCGAGGAAGCGGUAAACCUCGCCGCCGCCUUGGAGAUUCCCGUCAAAAUCCCCAGGCUCUUCUUUAGGAAGCAGCGCCCCGACGCAGGAGAUGAGAUCCAACCUGAAACCUACUACAAGGUCCACCUGACAUUCCCGGUAGUCACUCAGGUCAUCAAGGAGCUGAGCGAUUUCUUCUCCGAGAAUCACCUCAACGCGCUCAGGUCCCUGUCCUUCGUUCCGGCCAUCAUGUCACAGCUCAAGUACAACACGGAGGAGAACAGCGCCGAUGUCUACAAGAAUGAUCUUCCCAAUCCUGAAACGCUUCCCACCGAGCUCAACUGCUGGAAGAUCAAGUGGAAGCACGGCACCAAAAACGUCACGCUGCCCUCCACCAUCUACGAGACACUCCAGCUGUCCGACGUCAAGUUUUUCCCCAACGUGUGCGCGCUCCUUAAGGUCCUCCAUUGCCUCCCGGUGCUGUCACUCACAGAGGAGAAGUGCAGCGAGGCAAGGAGGCGCCUCACGGCAUAUCUGCAGGAUACGCCCCCCAAACACAGACACAAGAGCCUGGCACUGUUUACCCUUAACUGUGCAGUGAGGGUGGAUGUGGACCUGAUGGUGGAGGCGUAUCUCACAACGUACCCGGACAAAGAGACGACGGAAGAACCUGCGUGAUUAACACUGCAAAAAUAAGAUUUAGCGCUCAGUCUAAUAUUGUAGAUUGUGAGGCAGAUUUAGCAGUGACCAGUGUUGCUAUGGGAACAAGGGCAGAGUUUAAAUUCUGUUUGAUGAGCCAAUUACUCUCAUCACAUCACUCCUGGGCAUCAGCUUUAAACGUUAUCAGCUUGACAUGAGGCUUAGUGGCCAUCUUUCUUUUGUGCUACACUAACCUUCAUAAUUCUUUUCUUUAUUUUUAAAAUUUCUUAUCUCUUUUCUUUCGCUAAUCUUUCUUUCUUUUUUAUUGUACGUUCAGCAGUGUGUGUGUGUCUGUGUGUGACUGAGUUGCACUGGAAGUGAAUCAGAAAUGAUCAGACUCUUGUGUGUUAUAAUGAAGUUGUGUUUGUUAUCAUCAACUUGUUAAAACCCGUUUCUGCUUUUCUGAUUACUCAAUAUGGAAAAAAUAAAUAAAUAUUUUACUUUAGGCAUCACAUCUGUGUGUGUGUGUGUGUGUCAUGAAAUCAGUUCCACCCCAAGAAAAGCACAAAGCUGUUCUAUUUAAUCUGUACCUUAGAAUAUCUGCUUUAUAUUUCUGUUGUGUUUUCAUUGUUUAGAGAAUUUUUUACUAAAAUCACAGGUUGGGUUAUUGAAGCGUUUCGAUUUUUAGCGUCAUCAUUUUCAUCUGUUCUGAUUUUUAUCAAGGGCUUGCAUCACAAACUGAUAAACGAAUCUGUGAGCUGUGCUUUAUAAAGCUCAUGUUCAUGUUUUCUUCAUUUCUGUCUCUCUCUCCCUCCAUUUCCCCCUUUUCCUUUUCUCUUUUCACUACUUUUGUCUCUCUCAUGUUUUCUUUAUCCACUUUUCUAGUCCACUUUCCUUUUUCUUUAUUUGGAGAGAGAGAGAGAGUGUGUGUGUGUUCUGAUUACUUUCUUUCAACUCUUGCAGUUCUUUCUAGGAAAGAUUAUUAUCAUUAUUAUUACACAUUCAGUUUAUUUUUCAUUUGGCAUUUUAUUGAGG